CGCCGCCGCCGCCGCCGCCGCCGUGAUCCCGGCCCAGGGGGCGGCGGCGAGGGCAGCCGACCCAGAAGCCAUGGCAGGGACUCCGGGAGUCUAAGAGGGGGCUGCCUUCGCCUCGCUAAAGAGCUCCAGCGGAGAAGCCGCCCCGCAGAGGCCUGCCAGCCCGGAGCGGGAAAGGCGGGCGGGGAGCGUGGCCAGGCCGGUAGGCGGUCGUGGGGCCGGCCCUUCCCAGUCUUGGCCCGGGCCGGCUUUGCAGGGCGGCGCAACCGCACGCGCAAGAUGUCCACCCGCACGCCGCUGCCCACCGUCAACGAGCGGGACACGGAGAACCACACUUCUGCUGAUGGAUAUUCUGAAUCUCAUAUCCAACCUACAAAAUCAAGUAGUCGACAGAAUAUACCCCGUUGCAGAAACUCAAUCACCUCUGUAAAUGAAGAGCAUCCUCACAUUGGGAACUAUCGCUUAUUAAAAACAAUAGGAAAAGGAAAUUUUGCUAAAGUGAAGCUGGCUAGACAUGUUCUUACAGGUAGAGAGGUUGCUGUCAAAAUUAUAGAUAAAACCCAGUUAAAUCCUACCAGUCUACAAAAGUUGUUUCGAGAAGUACGAAUAAUGAAAAUACUGAAUCAUCCGAAUAUAGUUAAACUAUUUGAAGUUAUUGAAACAGAGAAAACAUUAUAUUUAAUAAUGGAGUAUGCUAGUGGAGGAGAAGUAUUUGACUACUUGGUUGCACAUGGAAGAAUGAAAGAGAAAGAGGCCCGUGCAAAAUUUAGGCAGAUUGUGUCUGCUGUACAGUACUGUCAUCAAAAGUGCAUUGUUCAUCGUGAUCUCAAGGCAGAAAACCUUCUUCUUGAUGGAGACAUGAACAUUAAAAUUGCAGAUUUUGGUUUUAGCAAUGAAUUUACUGUUGGCAACAAACUGGACACUUUUUGUGGAAGCCCUCCAUAUGCUGCCCCAGAACUCUUUCAGGGAAAGAAAUACGACGGCCCAGAAGUAGAUGUUUGGAGUCUUGGAGUCAUUCUUUACACUCUUGUCAGUGGAUCAUUGCCGUUUGACGGUCAGAACCUAAAGGAAUUGCGAGAACGAGUAUUGCGUGGAAAGUACCGCAUACCAUUCUAUAUGUCCACAGACUGUGAAAAUCUACUGAAAAAACUACUUGUGUUGAAUCCAAUUAAGAGAGGGAGUUUAGAACAAAUUAUGAAGGACCGAUGGAUGAAUGUUGGUCAUGAAGAAGAAGAAUUAAAGCCAUACACUGAACCUGAACCAGAUUUUAAUGACACUAAACGAAUAGAUAUAAUGGUCACUAUGGGUUUUGCAAGAGAUGAAAUUCAUGACUCCUUAGUAAACCAAAAAUAUGAUGAAGUAAUGGCUACAUAUUUGCUUCUAGGGAGAAAACCACUUGAGUGUGAUGGGACUGAGUCUCUAUCCAGUACUACCCUGAGUCAAAGAUCUCGACCUGGAAGUGACCUCAACAACAGCUCUAUGCAAUCUCCUGCUCACCUGAAGGUUCAGCGGAGUAUAUCAGCCAAUCAAAAACAGCGUCGGUUCAGUGAACAUGGUGGGGAUGGCAUUCAACCAAUUGGCCCAUCCAUCCCUCCUGCUGUCUCAUAUUCAAAAAGAGCUCAAGCAAACAGUGUAGAGAGUGAAUAUAAAGAAGAAUGGGAUAAAGAAAUUUCACGAAAAUUGAGCAGCACAACAGUUGGGUCCAAAAGUGAGGUGACAGCAAGUCCAUUAGUAGGCCCUGAAAGGAAAAAAUCAACCGUUGUUCCAAGUAACAAUAUGUUUUCUGGAACUAGCAUGACACGGAGGAACACCUAUGUCUGUGAACGUUCUACAGACCGCUAUUCUGCCAUUCAGAAUGGGAAAGACAACAGCCUAACAGAAAUGUCUGCAAGUAGUACUCCUUCUGCUGGCUCCGCGGUCCCCUCUGCCAUAUCUGCACGACCUCGACAUCAGAAGUCAAUGUCAGCCUCUGGUCAUCCUAUAAAAGUUGCACUUCCAACUAUCAAAGAUGGCACUGAAACUUAUCGACCAAGUAGUGCAACUCAGAGAGCUCCUGCUGCUUCCCCAUCUGCUCACAGUAUAAGCACUACCACUCCAGAUAGAACCCGAUUUCCUCGGGGGAGUUCAAGCCGAAGCACUUUCCAUGGCGAGCAGCUACGGGAGAGGCGCAAUGCCACUUACAAUGGGCCCCCUGCUUCACCCUCGCACGAAACAGGGACAUUUGCUCAAACCAGAAGGGGAACAUCAACUGGCAUUAUAAGCAAGAUAACUUCCAAAUUUGUCCGCAGGGAUCCAAGUGAAGGCGAAACCAGUGGCAGAACUGACACCUCAAGGAGUACUUCUGGGGAACCAAAAGAAAGAGAAAAAGAAGAUGGCAAAGAUUCCAAGCCACGGUCUUUGAGGUUCACCUGGAGUAUGAAAACAACGAGUUCCAUGGACCCAAACGAUAUGAUGAGAGAAAUUCGAAAAGUAUUAGAUGCUAACAACUGUGACUACGAGCAAAAAGAAAGAUUCCUGCUCUUCUGUGUUCAUGGGGAUGCGCGACAAGAUAGCCUUGUUCAGUGGGAGAUGGAAGUAUGCAAAUUGCCACGCCUUUCACUCAACGGAGUCCGCUUCAAGCGAAUAUCGGGAACUUCUAUUGCCUUUAAAAACAUUGCAUCCAAAAUAGCAAAUGAGCUUAAGCUGUAGAGAGAAAUAACAUUUCUGGGAUCAGGGAAGAUUCAAGCUUAUGUUUUGAAUGUACUGGUUAUGCCUAAUACGAUUGGCCUGUGAAACUCCCCAUGUAGAGAUUGUCCCUAUUGCAAUAAGGUUAUACAUAGUUAUUCUGAAUUGUAAAAUUUAAUUCUGUAUGACCUACAUUAAAAAAACAGGUAAGUACAUAGAGCAUUCUGUUCAUUUUAUGUUCACAAAGUUGUAUAGUAAGAAGGCUUAAAUACAGACCUUGUAUAGUUGUUUAGACAUCAGCACAGAAAUAUGUUUACUUUGAGUUGAAAAUUUCUUCCUAGUCUUUUCUCCUCCUCAUUUUUUGUGGUUUUUAUAAAUCUUACCUCUACCAUGCAUUUUUUCUUUAAAAAACUCUCCAUAGUUUUAAAAAAAUGCACAAAAAUGGUUUUCAGAAAUGUAGCUUAAUCAAUUUUACUUUGUAACAAACCACAUAUAAAUUCAAUAAAAGAAAGUUGGCAGGUAGUCUACACCCUAUUACUUCUUUUUCCCCUUUUCACUCUUACCAUCCCUUAAGAAAUAGUGUUUAGUUCAGACAAAAAAAAAUGCAAACAUGUUUACAGUGUUGGCACUUAACAGUGAAGAAAAUGGGUUUCUGAAACACACUAAGGAAUAAAGUAAAAUGUUGGAUUACGUUUAUUUGAAAUCUUAAAU